CGUACCUAUCAUGCUCCGCGCGACUCUUAUCCGCCUCCCCCGUGCUGGCGCAUCUUUGGCCACGGCGCGGGCAUUCACUGCCUCUGCUGCCUCGCGGGACAUCAUCAAAAAGCUCGAGGAGAGCCUCACCCCACGAGAGGCAGUCGAGCGGAAGCGUAAGGAGUUCGAGGCCAAGUAUGGCGACAAGCUCAAGCAGAAGGUCGAGGCCGAGGGCGUCGCGAAUCUCGACGCACUGAAGGCCAAGAAGGUCGUUCCCUCCAUCCUCGCCAAGCGCAAGGCCGAGCAGUAUCGCCAAGAGGAGCUGGAGCGCGCCGAGCGCUUGCGGCAGGAGCAGGAGCGGGCCCUCGCCGAAGCCAAGGAGGCGAAGGAUGCGGCCGUUGCGCAGAAGAAGGAGGCGGCGCGUGUAGCCAACCCCGACAAGGACACGACGGGGGUCAAGCCGCUCGCGAGCAUCAUCAACCUCCCGCUGAUUCUCAUGACGCCGCACGACCAGGCACAGAUCGCGGGCAUCUGGAACACUUACCACACAACGCAUCCUACGCUGUCCGCCUCCUUCGUCUCCGCCACCAUCCCCAAGGAUACGUACACGAAGAUGCUCGAGCUCGCGAAGAGCGACCCGCACUUUGUGUUGCCCUUGCCCAGGGCGGGCAAGGACGGCGAGGCCGGCGCCUACGAGAUGUUCUACAUGCAGUGGCUGUUCCAUGCGCCACCACCUGCCCCGCCUUUGGAGGGCAAGCCAAGCGCACCCCUCCCGCCCGUCACAAGCAUCAUUUUCACCCCGCUGGAGGAGUUCAAGCAGGCCGGCGAGUGGGCCCAGCCGUACCUCGUCCUCACAAACUAUCCUGACCUUGCCGACAGCCACGGGUUGGUACUCAUGCGCGGCGAGAUUAGCGCCCAGAGCGCCGGAGGACCGCCUGGCGCAGUGGACAACCCGGGGUAUCUCCUCACCCAGCAGGAGGCUCAGUUGCUUUCGCUCGCCCUCCAGCGGUUCUAUUGCUCUGACAUUGCGCCGCCCAACGAGAACGCCAAGGACCAGCAGGAGCGGCUGAAGCGCAAGCAGGCGCUUCGUGACUUCCGGGAGAAGCCGGAGGAGUGGAACUGGCAAGGCCUGGUUGACAUGGCGUAUGGUGGCCUUGUUUAGAGAUUGCAUGAGAUGAGAAGCAUAUACGUGCAUGCGGUGUCUCU